AGGAUCAAAGCAGAGGACUCGAUGGAUGUUGGUGUGAUUAUGCUGUUUUAUGGACUUUACUACGGCGUCAUGGGCAGAGACUUUGCUGAGAUCUGCUCGGACUGCAUGGCUUCUACAAUCGGGUACUACAACAAGGGUGGCAUGCCCAGCAGGAGCCUAACCAAUGAUAUCUGUGCGGUCUGUGGUCAGAGGAUCCUGGUGAACGUGGAGGAGGAAGGAUUUAUAGAAGACACCUACCAGCUCUCCUGUGGACACUUGUUCCACGAGUUCUGCAUCCGUGGCUGGUGCAUUGUGGGUAAAAAGCAGACGUGUCCUUACUGCAAUGAGAAGGUUGACUUGAAGAGGAUGAUGAACAACCCCUGGGAGAAGACGCAUGUCCUUUACGGGCAGCUUCUCGACUGGCUCAGAUACUUGGUUGCUUGGCAACCCAUCAUCAUUGGUAUCGUUCACGGCAUUAAUUUCUCCCUGGGCCUGGAGUAAAGCCCCGAGGAACACCGCCGUAAGUACGACUGGAGUCGAGUUACACUCAGGACACGUGUGAUAGCAAACUGUCACAGUAGGCGCUACAAGGAACCGAAUGCAGCUGCUUUCAAAGUUUUUUACUUCGUGUUCUCGGACUAAACUCUCACAUGGUUUACUGCAGAGUAAACGGAAAGCGUCAGAGUCUCAACACGACCCCAAAACUGCUGCCAACCCAAACAGAAUGAUUGGAGCGCAGAGCCAGUAGUUUGACAGAUCAAUCUAGUUUGGUCUGGAAGUGUUGCUGUCAUUCAUGCCAUUUCUGUUUACCUGAAAGAUGCUUUACUUUGUUCUGUCUUACAGAUUUUCGUGUUUAAUUUGCACACUCCCCUUUUUUUUUGUUUCUUCUUUUUUUAAUAAAACAUUUCUCUUUCUCAUUAGACUUAAUCUGUAUUUGAUUGCUUAUGAUAAGGACAACUCUGGGUAACAUUUGGACACAUUGAUUAAUUGUAACAUGACAGUAUUUGACAGUGCCAAUGCAAAUUACUGAAGUACGCUGUGUACUAUGUGUAAUGUUGAUUCUUUGUUAUGCUGAACUGUGGUAGAAAUGAAAGAAUACGUCUCCUACAGCAUUGAUAAAACGCAAAGGUCCGGUGUGACUCUCGGCAGCAAUUUGUUGCACAGUUUUCAUAGAAUUCAUAAGGUGUUGUAAUUUAUCCUGCCAUGUUAAUGAAAGUGAGAAUAAAUCUGCUCUUAUGCACUAGCUCUCUGGCAUAUUUGAUCAUGUGAAUGUCAUUCAAAGUUUAAACAGGUCUCAUCAGGUGUUAGACUUGUAAUAAGUGAAUCAUGUUUAUCAAAGUCACAGUUCAGGUUUGAUGAAAAAUAGUUUUCCCUUGACUGUGCAGCCACAGUCGGAUCACUCUGAAUUCUCAGCCUGGAUUUAUGACAUGGUCUUCUGGUUGUUUCAUGCCUCUAUAGUCACAAAGUGCACACUUAAAUGUUGGGAUUUCUAUCAUGCUUUCACCUAAUGUUACUCUUGUUGUGAGAGGAUGUAAGGUUGUGAUAAAAAUCACCUCAGAGCUUAUUGUGUCCUCCAGGUUCUCUUCUAGUGAGGCCCAUUAUAAACGGUUUCCAAAUUUCAGCUGAAAAUCUGAAGAAUACCAUCCCUUUCCUGCAGCCGUGUCCAUAUAAAUAUCUCCAGGAUCAUGAAAAAUUAGUAUGUGGUCCAGCUAUAUAACACGCAUUGCACUGGCA